ACUUUGAGGAGGUCGACCGACGGUGACGUAGAACAACCCAAAUGCUUCCUAAAGUAGAGCCAGGCAGGAUCAAAAGAACUAUUGAACUUCAGGAAAAAUAUAUAUUUAGCCUGCUACCAGACUGCAUAGUUUGUUUUGCUAUGUUUGUAAUUGAGAAGAUGGACUCAUGAGGUGAAAUAAGAAAUAGGCAACUGGACAUUAAUGGCUAUUAUUAACACAACAUCCCAUCAGCUGGCACAAGAUUCAGACUGACAUUUCCUCCUCAAGGAAUACUUAAACAUGCAGUCCAGGAUUCCUGGCCCCACUGCAAGGGCAACAGCAGCAACCAGCAGUAAUACAAUGUCUCUCUCAACUCUGAACGGACAAAGUCAAACCAUUAGCAGUUUGAAAAAGCACAACAACCUGGCGUGCAAAUCUGGAAGCCAGAAAGAUUUAUCUGACCAUCUGUCCCAACUGCCAGUCAUGAAUGGGAAUAUACAAUUAAGUUCAACCACAAGGCAUGUUUCAACCAUAUCUCAGCCCAGAAAUCUACCACCUACUCGAAAGCAAACCACCGAGGCUUCCUCCAAACAGACUCUUAGACAGCUUAAUCCUUCAGUUUCUUCCUCAGCAAAUGAUUUGCAGAAGGUACCUGCCUCAGGAAAUGAAAAAAGUUUAUCGAAUGCUAACAGACCAGUGGAGGAAGUGAAAUAUCACAGUAAAACUUCUAAAAAUUCUACACAGAAUAGAACUGAAAUAUUUUUGAACAGCAAAGGGCAGGAUAGUUCAUUAGAACUUGGCAAUACUGAAUUGUACAGCACUGAAAUAGAUACUGCAGGAUCUGCGUACAAUAGUCCACGGACAUCACGAAAAGGAAUUGUUCAAUCUCUUAACAGAAGUCCAAGCAUGCAGAAGGCAGCAUCAAAAAUCCCAGACAGAGGUCAAAAAGAAGAGAAGAAAGAUAGUAAUGGAAUCAAUUCUAGAGGAAAAGUUGCUCCUACAAAAGCCUCUCGAAUUGCAGGCUUGAGUCAUACAAGAAGGAAAAUUUUGGAUGAUGUGCACAAAGGCGUUGCAACUCUUCCUCCCAGGGGGAAGUGUAAAUCCAGGUUCAGUAUUUCAAAUGAUAAUCUAUUACAUCUGGCAAGCUGCGGAGGUACGACAGAUAUGGAGAGACCUAAAAGCAGUUCAAGCCAAAGGCAGUGGAAAUCUGAUGUUAGCUGGAAGUCCUACAGUUUCUCCAAUUUACUUUUAGAUGAGAAUGAAGAUCUAUCAGAAUUAUCUGUCUCCUCUGUUACUUCUCCUAAACGCACAUUUACCGGUGGUGUAAAAACGUCAAUCAACAGCAAUGUCAUCAAACUUCCUUCUCCAUCGCAAAAUAGUCAUCCUAACACAGCAACAGUGGCUCCUUUCAUGUACAAAGGAGAAACGAAGAGAGACAGUAACAGUAUAGAAUCAAAGGACCCUGCUGGUCAUCCUAAUGCAGAGGACUGCAACUGGAAAUCCAAAAAAUAUCUUGAGGAUAUAGAUCCAGAGACACAGAGAAAACGAACUGUUCAGAAUAUUGUAGACCUUCGGCAGAACCUGGAAGACACCAUGUCUAGUCUGAGGGGAUCUCAGAUAACCCAUAGUGCUUUAGAUACAGCCUUUGACAGUGACAUAAGCGCUGAAGUGAAUGCCAGAGGCCGUGGCACAAGUUCAUCUAAUCGAUCUUCACCAUUGUCCUGGCGAUAUGGCCAAGCAAGUCCACGUCUUCAGGCAGGGGAUGCACCUUCUGUAGGCAGUGGAUGCCAACCUGGAGGAAAUUCUGGCUGGUUUGUUCGAGGGGACGCCUCUCAUUACUCACAUACCAUGCCCAUGCGGAGUUCCAGUAAACCGUGUAACAUUUCCCACUUGGACUUAGAGUCUCUGGAUGCUGAUGAUGUAGACCUGAAGUCCAUCAGUGCUGACAUGUCUGGCUAUAUGAGUGACAGCGAUUUGUUGGGAAAGACUAUGAAUGAUGAUGACAUUACAACCGGUUGGGAUGAAAGCAGUUCUGUCAGCAGUGGUCUCAGUGACACCUCCGACAACCUUAGCUCUGAAGACUUAAAUGCCAGUUCGUCCCUCAACUCCUAUCCAACUACACCAGUUGCUUCCAGAAGAAAUUCUGGGAUAGCGCUCCGAACUGAUGCAGAAAAGCGUUCCAUGGUGGAGAGUGGCCUGACCUGGUACAGUGGCUCUGAAGGUAAAGGUCAGAAGAAGUCUGAGGGUGGCUACGAUGCCAGCAACCUUAAAAUGGAUCAAAACACAAAGUGGAGACGUAUCCGGAGUGAAUCAGCAGAAGAAUCAACGAAAAACGAACUAAAGAAACCGCAAUCUACUGGACAAACUAGUUCACUGAAAAGAGGUGGGGCACCGGUAGGAGUAACUUCCCCAAUGACCAGUUCAGGAGCAGGCUCACUGAAAGUAGCUGGUAAAAUUGAAUCUAAAGUGCCAGACAAAGGAAAAUUGGCUCUCAAAGGAACAAGUUUGCAAAGAUCUUCAUCUGAUGCUAGUAGAGACAGAGUUGGGGAAACACGCAAACCUCCAUCAGGUAUUUCGAGACCUUCUACUGGUGGUUCUUUUGGCUAUAAGAAGCCUACUACAGGCACAGCAACAGUGAUGACAGCCAGUGGAAGCUCUCCUUCAACAGGAAAAACUCAGAAAUCUACAGGCAUCCCUGUUAAACCAACAAACUCCAGGAAAACCAGCCUUGAUGUUUCUCAAAACCACGAUGGCUUUAUGUCGUCAGGUGCGAGGACAGCCGUGCAGUACCGUAGCUUGCCACGCCCAGCCAAAUCAAGUUCUGUUAGCAUCACUGGUCGAGGAGGUGUAAAUAGGCCUGUUAGCAGCAACAUUGAUCCAAGCCUCAUUAGCAGCAAGCAUGGAGGCAUCCCUGUUUCUCGUCUGAAAGAACCCUCAAAAAUUGGCAUGGGGCGAGCAAAUUCAGUACCAGUGAAUCAAACUGAUCGUGAGAAAGAGAAGGCAAAAGCAAAGGCAGUUGCUUCUGAUACUGAAUGCACAACAACAUCAAGUUCUACAAAGGCCACUUCAGCUCCAGAAAGUCAUAGUAAGUUACAAGGAAUGCGACAGCCAAGUUCCAAAUUCUCAGAGAUGUCAUCUCCAACAGCACAAAGGGUGAUGAGUUCAAAAGGAAUCGGCAAGCCACCUGCAAUAGCCAAUAUUGACAAAAUCAACUCGAACAGCCUGGAUUCUUCAACCUCAGGACAUGCAUCUGUCACUAGCAGCGUUGCCAAUGAAACUUUAACCAAAACCCCUGAUGUCCAGACAACUGGAAUCAGUUUGACUCCUUGUCUGACACCCAGUCCUGCCCCUGUGCUUAAUGUAAAUUCUAGUACUUUUAGUCAGGGGCUUGGUUUAGUUAGCAAUUUCACAAACAACAAGGAAACCUUAAUGUACCCUAAACUUAGUAGCCUGCACACCAGCAUGGAAUCUUUGGAUCUUCCAUUGAGUGUUCCAUGUUCAUUCUCUGCGAGUGGUACGCUUUCAAGAGAAGAGGAUCACGGUGCGCUCACAUGGACUGGGAGUUCUAGAUUCUCACAGAUGGAGAGUGCACAACGUGACAGAAAUACUCUGCCGAAAAAAGGACUAAGGUAUGGAACGAGUUUGCAGCAAGAAGAUAACAAGGAAUGGCUCCACGCACGCUCUGUUGGAGGCUCUGUGGACUCAGAUAGCCAGUUACUCUCCUCCCCCUCUACUGUUCCAUUAUCAAAUUUAGCAAGCCCCACUGCAGUAUCCCAGCUCAGCAGUCCCACUCCAAAAAUGAUGCGCUCAAACAGCAUUCCAACUCAUGAUUCCUCUUUUGACUUGUAUGGAAGUUUGCAGAUGGGGAGCACAGUUUCUUUGGCAGAAAGACCAAAAGGAAUGAUCCGCUCUGGUUCAUUUAGGGAUCCUGUGGAUGAUGUUCAUGGCUCAGUGCUAUCACUUGCCUCCACCACGUCAUCUGUUCAUUCCACAAGUGAAGACAAGGCCCAAGGAGAGCAUAUUCGCAAGCUGCGUAGGGAACUUGAAUCCUCACAUGACAAGGUUUCUGCACUUACAUCACAACUGUCUACUAAUGCUCAUCUUGUGGCAGCAUUUGAGCAGAGUUUGACUAAUAUGACAUCUCGUCUGCAGAGUCUUGCCUUGACAGCAGAACAAAAGGAUUCUGAGUUAUUUGAUCUUAAAGAAACAAUUGACAUGCUGCACAAAAAGAAUGCCGAAGCACAAGCUGUUAUACAUGGAGCAUUGAACAAUCCUGACUUAACACCCAAAGAAUUACGUAUAAAGAGGCAGAAUUCAUCAGACAGCAUCUCCAGUCUCAACAGCAUAACAAGCCAUUCCAGCAUUGGGAGUGGUAAAGAUGCCGAUGCCAAAAAGAAGAAAAAGAAAAGCUGGCUAAGAAGCUCAUUUAAGCAAGCCUUUACGCUCAAAAAGGCACCCAAACCAGCAUCUUCAUAUUCUGACAUUGAAGAAAUAGCAACACCGGACUCUUCAGUACCAUCUUCCCCUAAAGUACAACGUGAAGAUGCAGAUUCAUCAUCUGUCCCCAUUAAACCAUCGCAUUCAUCCACUGAGGUCUAUGACUCCCGCGAGCCUGAUUUGAAGGAGGUAUCAAACCUACGGAAUGAACUAUGGGAUAAGGAAAGGAAGCUAACAGAUAUUCGCCUGGAGGCACUUAGUUCAGCUCACCAGCUGGAGCAGUUACGAGAAGCCAUGCAUAAUAUGCAGGUGGAAAUUGAGGCAUUAAAACUGGAAAAUGACCGUCUUAAAGCAGAUACAGGUACUGGAGCUUCGCAGGCUGUAACAUUAUCGUCUGCCACUUCCUCACCUCGGCGAUCAUUAGGGCUCACCUUAGCUCAUUCAUUCAGUCUAAGUCUUACAGAUUCUGUUGACCAAGAUGUAUCCCCAAUGGAUGGGGUGACCAGUUCCUCAUUGAAGGAAGAAAGAAAUGUUCGAAUUGUCGUCCUUCUGACUGAGGAGCAGAUGUGUAAUGAAACCACAAAGCAGCAAGAAUUUUUCAUUGGUUCUACAAAAGUAACUGGAACAACUGACUGGACUAUGUUAGACGGAGUUAUCUGCCAACUAUUUAAGGACUACAUUACAAAGGUUGAUCCAGUUUCUUGUCUUGGAUUGAGCACAGACGCCAUCUACAGCUACAGUGUCGAUCAUGUAAAACGAAUAUUUGGAACUGAUGCACCAGACAUGCUGCCCUAUAGAUAUAUAGGAAAAGAAUCCACAAGCUUCGCUGUAACUUUGAAAGGACUGAAAGAGAAAAGUGUGGACAGUUUGGUUUUUGAAACCCUGAUUCCCAAACCAAUGAUGCAGCAUUACAUCAGUCUUCUGCUCAAACAUCGAAGGCUUAUUUUGUCAGGGCCCAGUGGGACUGGCAAGUCCUAUCUGUCUAUUCGCUUGGCUGAAUACUUGGUUCAGAGAUCAGGACGAGAGGUCACUGAUGAAAUCAUUGUAACAUUUAAUAUGGAUACACACUCAUGCAAGGAUUUGCAGCUGUACCUUUCUAAUCUCGCCAAUCAAAUUGACAGAGAAACCAGCACAGGCAACGUACCUUUGGUAAUAAUACUUGACGACCUCAGUGAGCCUGGUUCUCUAAGUGAACUUGUCAAUGGUGCCCUUACGUGCAAAUAUCAUAAAUGCCCAUAUGUAAUUGGAACUACCAAUCAGCCUGUCAAAACAACACCAAACCAUGGCCUUCACCUCAGUUUCAGGCUGGUGCCAUUUUCUAACAAUGCGGAGCCUGCUAACGGAUUCCUAAGUCGCUAUUUGCAACGAAAGCUGAUUGAAUCGGAGAAUGAUGCAAAUGCGAACAAUACUGAAAUCCUCAAUAUUCUUAAUUGGGUGCCCAAGUUAUGGUACCAUCUCCACACAUUUCUGGAAAUGUACAGUACAUCUGACUUCCUUAUUGGUCCUUGUUUUUUCCUGUCCUCUCCGGUCAAUGUGGCUGAGUUCAGAGAAUGGUUCAUCGACCUUUGGAAUUAUUCCAUUCUUCCUUAUCUUCAGGAAGGGGUAAAUGAUGGGAUCAAGACAUAUGGAAGGAAAGCUGUGUGGGAAGACCCUGCUAAAUGGGUGCAGGAUACUCUACCUUGGUCAACUGCUUCACAAGACCGCUCAAAAAUCUUCCAUUUGCCUCCUCCAAGUACAGGAUCACAAGUUACAGGGCCUCCUGCAGAUAAAAAAAAGAUCAAAGAGACAGCGCCUACUUCACUUGAAUCAGACCCACUCAUGACUAUGCUACUGAGACUUCAGGAGGCAGCCAAUUACACCCAAAGUUGUGAAGGCGAAAACAUCCUGGAAUCAUCUUUGCAAUCAACACAUUGAAAAGAAAAACACAACAAGGAAUAUGGGAGCCAUCUUGUUUUUAAUCAUGCCACAACUACACUUUGGAUAUUGUAGUUCUGAAACAGAAGUAUAUUCUGUAAUAGAUGUAGUUAGGUAGGGGGCUAAAUUAAUUGAUGGGUAAAAUUGUAGGUUUAAGGCCCAAAAUCAUAUGUAAGUUAACUGUGAUCAUUUAUUGUAAAUCAUAUUACCUAGCCAUCUGGAAGGAAAAAAAAACAUCUAAUUAUAUAGACUGUUAAUGCUGUAUUUGUACUUUAUAAUUCAAAAGUGCAUGGCAAUCAUUUAAGCAGAAACAAAUAAGAUUUUAGUGAGCUUUAUUAAGGUCAACUCCUAAUCUACAACUCAAACAAUUAUAGGAGCCAUCGCUGUUCCACUACUGCUGCCAUCUCAGAUGUCACACUGGUGCUGACUGGAGGACCUCUCCACCAAUCUCUACAGUUUAUAGUGCUCAAAACCUCAUUAGUCCACACAGCUUGUGAAAUGUGAAUCAUGGUGAAACCACUAAAACAGGAAUUUGUAUUUUCCAAGUUCUAAAUAGGUGCGCUUUGUAAUUGGAACAUUUUUGUGCCCUGAAUUUGGCAGUGAAAUUGUUUCUGAAAUUAGGACAUGCAUUCAAUUUUAAGCUCAAGGUGGUAACAUUUAUGACAGGAACCCUUUAAGUACUCUUUCCUUCUGCCCUCCUUCAAACAUGAAACUUUUCAAUCAAAAUGUGGUCUAUUAAAUUUCACAUUGCAAAGGACGGGCAGGAGAAGAAUGAUUGUAUAUUAUGGAAACAAAAUUGUUAAUUCCAGAAGCUAUAUU